GGUUUGGUGGAACCCAAUUGUUGGGUUCGAGGAACCCAGCAAAUCUGGGUUUGACGGAACCUAGCAGAUGGGUUCCAUUGAACCUGAGUUGGGUUCCCUUGAACCCAAAUCAGCUGGGUUUGAGGGAACCCAGCAACACAGAGGAAGAAGAGGAAGAAAUAAGAGGAAGAAGAGGAAGAAAGAAAGGAAGAAGAUGGAUCGAAAAUGGGGAAGAAGAUGGAUCAAGAAAGGGAGACAGGGUGGUACCAAGAGCGGACACCUUGUGGAAUGCCAAAUGAUUGGGUCCCUUGGUGAUGGAGCCUCACGCUGGACCAGGGAGUGCCACAUGGCUUCUGACUAUCCCCUCGUCUCCAAGUUCUAUGGACCCAUCUUCUUGAAUGACGUGAACCUCACACUUGCAGAUGUCUUCCCACAAGGCAAACUUAAUCUUGAUAUUAUAUCUCAACCCUUGGAUAAAGACACGUUAGAAACCAUCAAGGCUACCCCAUUUUCUUUCUCUCGUCACGGAGGGGACUCUUUUGCUUGGAAGGAUUCAUCUAAUGGUCAGUUCUCUUCUACGAUAGCAUAUAAAAUUGCUAAGAAUAUUCCCCUAUCCUGCUCCUUUAAACUUAACACUGAUGGCUCAGUCAUCAAUAAUCCAGGUCCAGCCACCUCUAGAGGCCUUAUUCGUGACCAUAGAGGACAUUGGAUUAAAGGCUUCUCUAGGAAGAUUGAUAUUGCUUCAAGCCUUGCUGCUGAAAUCUGGGGAAUUCGAGAUGGUCUUCUUUUGGCUAAACAACUGGAUAUUCAAUCCUUAAUUGUUGAAGUGGAUUCCUUUAUUGCCUUUCAGUUACUCUCCACUGGGACUGACCAUCAUCACCCUCUAUGUUCUCUCAUUUCUAAUUGUAGGGCCCUUGUGGUGGAUCUUUCGCACGUCCACUUGCAGCAUGUUUACAGAGAGGGGGCAAUAUCCACACGUGUUCAGCUUCAUCUUCUCCCCGAUGCUCUGCCUCCCGAAAGCCCCUCAAAGCCACCAACUCCCUCCUCCCUUGAAAACCCGGUGAGAUGUUGAUGAAAUUUCUCUUCUUUUCUUGUUAAAUCACAAGAUUUGGGGGCUUAGAAUCUUCCCUCUCAACCCAGAAAAUCCCGAAUCUGCUCAGCUCUUCUCCCCUGUC